UUGGCCCCGCAGCAGGAAAGAGAGGUCUGUCUCCAACAGAGCAUUCCCGCUUCUGAUAUCUGACACUUUUAUUUCGCUGUUUGAAUGAUGUGAAUAUCAUUUGGAGUUUUCUGUGGGAACUCCAGGAGCCAAGGACAGAAAAGGGAAUGAUGGUCGCUCGGAAUGGGACCGUAUCCUCUUCGGAGGUGAGGGGGAGCUACUCAGAGGACGUGACUUCAGCCAUGCCGAUGUUCACAACUUCUGCUCAAGUGGGCAUAGAUGGAAUAGUCAUGGGCUGGAUCCUCAGUGUGGGGUCUGCUUUGAUCAUCUCCACCAACCUCCUGGUAGCUAUCGCCUUGGUCCUGCUCAUCCAAAAGAAGGGCAGCCAGAGCUGGUGCUUCGUCCUAAACCUGGCCAUUGCCGACAUCCUCGUGGGUUUGGCCAUUACUGGCAUUGCCACAGAUGCUUUGAAGGGACGAGUAUCCUCCGUGCAUAAGGAAGUGUGCUUGCUGCGCAUGGCUUUUGUUAUUGCGCCCUCUGCCGCCUCCAUCCUCACCAUGUUCUUCAUCUCACUGGACCGUUACAUGGCCAUCAAGCUACCCCUGCGCUACGCACAACUCAUGGGCAGAAAGACGAUAGCGGGAGCUUUGGUAUCCCUGUGGCUGCUGUCCACAGCUGUGGGGUUCAUGCCCAACAUGGUGGUGGAGAUGCAGCACAGUAGCAACAAAAGCAUAUGCACCUUCUUCUCAGUCAUCGAGCCCCAGAGUAUCAUCGUAGUCUUCUGUGUCACCUUCUUCCCUGUGCUCUUGGUCUUCAUCUACUUCUAUCUGGACAUCCUGAAAAUCGCAUGUGGCCAUCAGCGGCGCAUUCGACAGGCCAUGCAAGCUGGCUCCCGCUGCGUAAUGCCUAACCGCUACUGGGGGCAUGUCAAGGCUCUGAAGACUGUUGCUGUACUGGUGGGCUGCUUCACACUCUGCUGGUGCCCUUUCUUUGUAGUCAGCGUAGUGCAGGUGCUGUGCCCACCAUGCGAACUUUACGGAUUUCUAGAAAACCACCUCUGGUUGCUGGGACUCACCAACUCCCUAAUCAACCCUCUGGUCUAUGCCUUCUGGCAGAGGGAAGUGCGACAGCAACUCAGUGACAUGUUCACUUGCAUUAAGGCCAGUCAAUGUUGUGUUAAAGUGCCUGAUGCAACUGAAGGAUUUCCUAUAGACCACACGAUGGCCACUCAUUCCAGACACUCUGUUGACCAGGAACAGCCUUGCCAGUUUAUCUUUAGGGAUCCUGCCACAGUGCCUUCCUCUGCGUGA